UAAGACCCUCCCAUCGGACGAGGAGGGAGGGUCCGACCAGCCCGUCGCCUCGCGAGUGGCUUUUCCAAGUGGUGCGGACAGCCGUGGACGGAGCGGUUCCCCCCCACCCGCAAUCAUGGAAGGCUCCUACCACACUCCUUCCAGGGAAGCGUAUCGUGCAGCAAUGGUGCUCUCUGGAGCUGGUGAUGCCCUUGGAUAUCGCAACCAGCGCUGGGAAUACUGUACUUCAGGGCCCCAGAUCCACCAAGAGCUCCAGGAAAUGGGGGGGCUUAGCAAGAUCCGUGUAGCCCUCCCUGAUUGGCCAGUCAGUGAUGACACUGUGCUGCACCUGGCGACUGCUGAGGCCCUGGCCACAGGGAAGACUGGGGAGCCCUUGUUCCAGGAGCUGGCAAGACGUUACGUCGAAGCUAUGAAAGAUAUGGAGGGGAGGAAGCCUGGACCCACCAGCAUUCUGGGAACAUCUCAGUUACAUCCAGGAGAACCAGGUGGAUAUCGCAUUCCCUUCAACCCUAACGCAACUGGUUGUGGUGCAGCUAUGAGAUCCAUGUGCAUUGGGCUUAGGUAUCCUCACCCCUCUGAUCUCAACACCUUGAUCCAAGUCAGCAUAGAAAGCGGAAGAAUGACGCAUCAUCACCCCACAGGCUACCUGGGGGCUCUGGCCUCGGCCCUCUUCACUGCGUAUGCUGUACAGGGCCUGCCCCUGGAGCUCUGGGGAUCCGGAUUGCUGAAGACUCUGCCCCUUGCGCUGGAGUACGUUCAGGCUGUUGGGGUCGAGAGUGAAGCCAGCGUGGGAGCCUGGACCUAUUUCCAAGAAAAGUGGGAAUGGUACCUCUCAGAACGGGGUCUCAUCGAUGGUCGGGGCCCAGUUCGAUUUCCUUCUACCUACGGUCCUGCUGAGCGGGAUAUCAUCUACAAAACCUUCAGCUUGGAUGGGUGGGCCGGGCGGAGCGGCCACGAUGCCCCCAUGAUCGCCUAUGAUGCCCUGCUGGGUGCGGGGAACAGCUGGGAGCAGCUCUGUGGACGGUCCAUGUUCCAUGGUGGGGACAGUGACUCCACAGGGGUGAUCGCGGCAUGCUGUUGGGGCCUUGCAUAUGGUCUCAGAGGCAUCCCAGAUGGAAACCACAUGGAGCUGGAAUACCGAGACAGGAUGGUGUCUGCGGCCGACUCUCUCUAUCGCCUUGCGUGGGAGCAGGUGCCUGCUUGAGAAGCCGUUCCCAUAUCUACCAUCCUUGAUUCCUAGGAAGGCAUGAGCUGAAGACUCACAAUAGAUUGAAAACUGCUGCUUUCAAAAUAAAUUGAAGCUGUAUUCUGCCUCAGUUUUGU